AUGAAAUCUCUGACAAAUACACGUCUUCUAAAUUUACCGCCGAACGCUGUUGAAGAUAUAAAGAAGAUACACAAUUUGGAUAAGCCCGGUAGGAUGGAUGAAGCAAUAGACCUUUUAGAAAGAUGGCUAAAAAAGCAGGAUCAUAUUAUAAAAAAGGAUUUCUCAAGAUCGUAUUUGGAAAUGACCUUAAUAUCUGCCAAAGGUUCAGUGGAAAAGGCGAAGAAACUCAUUGACAGACUGUGCACUAUGAAGACUUUAUUGCCCCACUUUUUUACAAAGACUAAUGUUAAAGCGGAAUUGAGAGAUGUAUUAGAAUUAGGAUUCGUGGUACCUUUGCCGAAAUUAACAGAAGAUUUUUACCGUGUAUUGCUCAUAAAAGUUACUGAUACAAUACAAUUCACAGAAAGCAAUAUUCUAGGGUAUUUCCAGUACAAUAUGAUUCUUGGCGAGUAUUUAAAGACACAUGAUUAUGUUAAUGGCUUCGUCAUCGUAUACGACUACCAACAAACUAAUAUUCUUGACAUGGUCACAAAACUAAACCCGAUACAAUUUCAGCAAUAUGUGUCUAUAUUGAUAGAAGGCUAUGGGACAAGACUAAAAGGAAUAUACCUGCUAACACAAUCAAAAGCCGUAGAUCUGAUAGUGACAUUGGUAAAACAAUUUCUCAGUCAAAAGAUUUCUGAAAGAAUGAAAGUCGUUAAAACAUUAGAAGAGUUACAUCAAAAGGUUGAUAAAGAUAUUCUUCCUGUGGAGUAUGGGGGAAAGGAAAGGCCUACUUCUGAAAUUCUGGCUGACUGGAUAGAAGAAUUGAGUACUGAAGAAAACGUAAACUACUUGAAGAUAAUGAACAAAGCCUGCACCAACGAAAAACUAAGGCGAUCCAAUGAAUUUAAUGAGGAAUAUAUGGGAAUGCCUGGCUCUUUCAGAAAUUUAACUGUAGAUUGA